GCAUGCCUUGAAAGUGCUGACCUUGAUCACUCACUAGAAACCUCAAACUCAAACUCAAUAGCUAUGCUAAUAUUUUGUUAGUUGCUAUUAUUUAGAAUUUUAGGGCAAUUCGUUGAUCUUGGGUUAGUCAAACACUGUCUUUUGGGUCGAACGAUUCGCCAGACAUUUUGCCAACAAAUUUUUGGGUAUAUAAGCCGAAGCUAAAAGUUAACUUAACAUCGAAAGCUUCUCAAGCCACAAUCUCUAUUAUCAAACAUGCAGUCCAACAAGGGUCUCCUCCUGGUCUUCGGUGUCCUCGUCAUGGUGAUUGCCGCCAGCCUAUCUCAGAAAGUUGUGGAUCAGGAAAACGAUGCCAUCAGUGAUCGUCGCUUCCGUUGGGAAUUCUCGCAAGAUUCCGAUGAGUCUGCCAAUGAUUUGCAAGAAGACGACGACGACGAGGAUGAUUCCGAGCUGGAUGAUGAUGAUGAUGAAGAAGAUGAUGAAGAUGAUAUCGGUAGUGACGAGUCUGACGACUUGAAUACCGUGGAGAUUAUUACGUACACUGAACCAGCAUCAUCUGAAAGUGCCUCCAACGAAGCUUAAAAAAUAAUUUAUCAACAUUUGUUUUUAUAAUUAGUA